AUGUCUUCAAAGCUCAACCAGUCUCUUGACGAGAUCGUCUCCACCCAACGUCGCGUCGGCGGCGGCGGCCGUGGUGGCCGACCCCAGCGCCGAUCCAUUGGACGUGCCGCUAAGGCAGCACCUGUCGGCGGCGUUCAGAAGACGCCCAAGUUGACUCGUGCUGCUGCAGCGAAGCAGAAUACCGCUAAGGCAGCCGGUGGCAACGGCGAGAGCAAGGUGGUGGUUAGCAACCUGCCCAAGGAUGUUAACGAAGGCCAAAUUAAGGAGUACUUCGCAACCUCAGUUGGCCCAAUCAAGCGUGUGGAGCUUUCCUACGGUCCGAAUAGCGUCAGCCGUGGAAUUGCUACCGUCACCUUCUCUAAGCUUGACGGUGCUAGCAAAGCAUUCAAUGCCUUGAACGGUCUUUUAGUCGACAACCGCCCUAUCAAGAUUGAGAUCGUCGUCAGCGCGGCCAAGGCAGCUGAGAUCGCACCCCCAACCAAGACCCUCACCGAACGCAUUACCCAACCUAAGGCCCAGCCUAAGUCUGCAGCCAACGACAAAAAGAAGGAGGCGGCAGGAAAGGCAGUCGGUUCCGGUGCUCGUGGUCGCAAGCGACGCGGUGGACCUCGCAGCGCUCGCCCGGCCAAGAAGACAGCUGAGGAGCUGGACUCGGAGAUGGCCGAUUACUUCGAAGCUGGUAAUCAGAACGAGAAUACCAACGGCAAUGCACCUGCUGCCACCAACGGCGAUGCUCCCAUGGAGGAUGAGAUUCUAGUACGUGUUCCCAUGAUAUACAAUACGAGUUUCUCCCUGCUAACCAUUGUACAGUGAACGAGUCGCAUAAAUGUGGACUAAUCGAAGUUCGCAAUUGGGUGGGUGGUCCGGUUUUCCAUUAGGGUUUUGUUCCAUUAUCCAUGUUACGGCUCGGGUUUGCUUUCCUACUAUUGAAUUUGGCAAUGGGUGCAUGAACGGGACACGCGGGUCUGGAGGAGGAGGCGGGUAUAUCAGACCACAUACACCAUAGCCUAUGCAGGUAGCCGUGCUGCAGAAUGAAACGGCACUAUCCCCCAGGUCUUACUUGCUCGUAAAGGGUAUGAAUUCUGACUAACACGAAUAUCUCUCGGUGGGUGGGUAAUUUGAUUUUCGCGGCUCUGUUUGCUUGCCUAGAUAAGGACAAUUAAUAUGUACUACUUGAACGAAGAUAAUGUUGAUGUCGAGACUUUGGUAUAUUCGAUAUCCGAAUUGGUAUAUCCAUUUGCGGGAACUGGCAUGUCAUCUACACGAAUCGCUGCUGAAUGUACUCUGGUCAUGCGAGUUCAUCCCAUCAAUUCAGUAUUUAACCCAUGAAA